AUGUCUCAUCCUACAUCAUUUCACACCUUCGCGUUGGUUGCUUUUGGGGGCCGAGUGUUAGACCCGGCUCUAGCCACGGACUUUGUGAUGAUCGCAAAGAAAUUCAUAGCCGACGGCCUUCAUCCAACAUGCCUCUCGGGAACGAAUCUUUUCGAUAUAACGAGCACGAGCGGGCCGUUCAUAUUUGGUCGAGAUGACUUGAGGGAGAGAAUCCAAGUCUACGAUAGCGACGAGGCCACGAGGCCAUUUUACCAACUAGAGGCCCAUGGUAUCAAAUCACACAUUAUGUGCUGGAUUAGAGAUGUCUCCGGCAAUGUACGCCCUGGAGAUCGUAUCAUCAUCGUCCUUAUUGGCCAUGGAAGCCAUCAGGAGAGUGCUGUCACCCUACACUGUCAGCGUGGACCAACUCAAUAUCUAUCCAAAGCUGAGAUGGUUGCUGCCCUCUCUGUCCUCCCGCCUAAGGUCCGCCUCCUGGUUGUCAACGGGGCUUGUUACUCCGGCACGUGGACUACAAUAGCCCACGAUAUAGGUACCCAGCAAGGUUCCCAGCGCGAUGUGCUUAUAGAGACAGCAGCUACUAUCGGCGAGAAAUCCUGGGCGUAUGUCUCGGGCUCCGGCCGAGACCGGUGUUCUUUAUUCGGGGCGGCAUUUAUAGAGGAGAUUACCACUUACCCCGAGAGUAGGAUCUCUCUAUAUCGCAAUCGAAUAGUCGACGAGAUGCUCUAUAUUAGACCAAACCAGGAAACCUCUACACCGCUUACGAUCCCCUCCACCCGCGCUCUUCUAUCCCACAAUAUCUCCCACUUUAUCCUAUCACCAAAGAUUGAGACUGCGAUCAGGGAUGUGCCUUUUUCUCAGAAGCGCCAUGAGGAUUUCCUCCAAUCGCGGGCAUCUGCCCGGUCUGUUUGGAGAAGACUUCGUCACUGGGUAGGCUUGGAACGAGAACCGACGCAGGCAUUGGUAGGAGAUAGCCCGACAAAAGAUGGCACCGCUACCGACAUGAGAGAUGUCGUCAUAGAGAACUACAUGAAAGACCUCGGCCGCCUAAAGAGUGCGAUCAACUAUUCCACCCUUGCAACUGCCUGUCAGCUUGUUCUCGAAGGCUGUGGACCCCCAGAUCUCAAAGACCAAACAAUUGCUACUAUUUCCUGGCAAGCAGCUCAGAUGCAAAGAGUUGACCAGUUGCUGGAAAAUCUCAUUAGUCAGAGACUAAUCAUAGAGGUGGUCGACAUAGAACUAGCCACUCAAGCACUAUCGGAUCACGCAGACGAUAUUGUGUUGCCCCUGGCUAAGAGUCUUAUGUAUGAUGAUAAUCGUCAUUUGAUAUGCUUGGUAAACCCCCCGGAUAAAGGCCAUGUUGGUGUCUUCUUCGAAGAUGCCCAGGACUGGUUGAUUGAUGUAUUGGCUUAUAACUGGCUGAUAUACCCGGACGUGUUUAAUCUUGAUCGUGUGGUGAACGAGGUAUUUGCGUUUUUGGCUUAG